AUGUCCCACGUCGACGGUGUCUUCAGCCUCGCUGCUCACACUCGCAGUGUCUACCCCAUUGACGGUGCUUGCAUUUUACUACUGCAGCACCUGGAUAAUCUUGUGUUCACAUCACCCACUCCCGAUGCUCAUGCCUUGGUCUGGCAGGGCUGGGCCACGUCAUUUUUCACUUACGAGUUAUGCAUGACCCGUGACUAUCCAGACCAUGCCAAGAGUUUGCUGCAUGAGGUCAAUUCAGUGUAUGACUGGCUCAUGCUGAAUGCGAGCCCCGACUUUGAUUGGAUCCCAGCAGUGGUCCCCUCCACCCUGAGAGGUUAUUCUGAGGCUGUCGGCACCGCUGACCUGAUUUGUUCUCCUGCUGCGAUGACUGAGAUCAUGCAGGAGAUUAUUGAGGCUGCAGAUCGUGGUGAUUUUGACAAGUUCCCUGAAGAGUUGAUCUCACCUGAGCGGGCUGCUGCCUUCUCGGCAAACAAGGAACUGAGCCCCCCUCCAGUGACUGAGGCUUCUGCGCAUACUCCUUCCAAUACUGGGGAGGUCGUGGCCUCCAACUCUCUGACCGCUUCCAAUGGCACCAACGAUACUCUCCUCUCAGUUGCUCUGGCCUCUUUUUCUGUGGUGGCCAUGCCUGUCACAGCUUCUGCUGCUCUUGGUGAUCCUGUUCCUACAUUUGAGUUUCAGGCUCGUGUGGCCAACCCAGUUGCUAUUGACCCUCCUUUCGACUCAGAUCUUGCAGCCAUGGAGGUUGAUCCUCUACUCACUUUCGACAAUAGCGAUAGUGAUGAGGUCAAGUUCAUGGGUGGCACGAUCCCCAACUUGUCUCCAGUGCAUCCGAAGAAGGGCAAGGGUUGUGGUCGCAAGUCUAUCAAAGCUUCUAAAAUAACUACGACCUCAGAGGACCAAGUAUCUUCCAGCUUGGCAGAAGCUGUCUAUCGCUUGCUUGUGUUGCUAUUGCCUUCUGCCUGCAAGUGGUGGAUGCGCGAUACGGUCCCUGACAUUGACGAUGCCGACAGAUGGCUUUCGCUAAAGAAGCUGUACCAUCAGAAGGAUUGGCAACUGCCCAAGAUGCUGGAUGCUUCAGUGAUUGUGAAGGCUUCCAGUCACCAGGGUGACUACGACGAGCAGAUGUGUGAUGUGAACACUGCCAGCAGCGAUUACACCACAGAGCUCGAGCUUCUGCUAGACACACUGAUUGACGAAUAUGAGACUGUGAUUGCUCCGGCCCCAUGCCUUCAUAGGCCUCCCUCCUUUCUCAUUAUGUUCCUGGCUAACUGA